UUGGGUGUCCUUGUCCUUCUGCAAGCAAACCUCUCAUAUAAACAAACACCAGGAUAUCUUCAUUAUCAUCUUAACUGGAGACAAAAGCUAAUGAUAAUUUGAUAAUAGAAAAUCUCUCAGCCUAAGAAUAUCCAAAAUGGGCAAGUUAAACUACUCAGCAGUAAGUUCACCCAUAUCAGACCAGUGCGAUCGAUCCCCCUCACAAGACAUGGACUGACUGUUUUCCAACCUCACAGAGAAAGAUUGAAGGGACCAAAGCUGGUCAGGUGGUGUCUAAAGAUCUGGUAUGAAAGUCUCAUUGUCUGUGUUUCGUCUGCUUUGUGAGCUAAUCAACUGUCUGCAGAAAAAAAGAAUCACCCCUGGCACCGGCUCCAAAGCUGCGGCACGAGACCCCACGCUGGAAAUCGAUCUCACUGCGAAGGGAUUGACCGAUGAUGGUUUUUCUCAGUUCAUCGAUGAUCUGAUCGACUGUAUCAAAUACAGAGAUGCGGAGCACCCAGAGGGCGCAGCUAAGCUCGCCGAGUUCCAUCUCCAGGGUAAUCAACUGUCCGUCCAGUCUUUGCCGAAGCUGGCAGAAGUAAUUGCUCUCAGCGCUGGGGAGCUACGAGAGCUUGAUCUGUCCAAGAACAGCAUUGAGAUUACAACCCCUGAACAGAAGUUGAUAUGGCAGCAGUUUCUGGAGUCGUUUGGUAAUUGCUACAUGCUGAAGAAACUGGAUCUUGGGAGCAAUCCGCUUGGUUCGGGGGGCAUGGAGAUCUUUGCUCGGGUUUAUAUCCAGAGUGAUCUCGAUUUCGUUGAGGACGAUGCUAGUGCCAUUAUCGUAUCGAAGUCCGACAGUGAUGAUAGUGGCGAUGUCGACGAUGUGGCCGCCAGCCCUAGUGCUGGAAAGGAGAAUAAGAUUCCACAGAAGGAUCGGGCCAAGAGGUCGCCUAGUAAGACUAAAUCCUCUCGACAGAACGGUAAUUCGCUGCCCAUAUUCAACUUCGAAUGUCCUGCUAACAAGAUGACAUCCCUAGGUCGCUCUCACGCUCCUCCAGCAGCUGGAAAGACCACCCCCACGCAGGCCGACCUGAAGCGGUUUGCUUGCACCCGGGGGUUGCUUUCUGUCCCAUUCCUAAUCUUAUCGGACACAUCACCCACAGCCGGCUGCGCUAUUCAUUUUGCAAGCAUUCUCCCCAUGCAUCGAACUCGGGAACAACUCUUGUCCUUCCUGCCUGGGGGCAAGGCGCUCGCCCUGCCUGAGACAGUGAGUCGUUGCAAAGGUAUCAUCUGGCUGCCAAAUGAUGGUCUUGGACAACUGGGUCACAAGCUGCUUGACAUGGUCGAGACGAUGCGCGAACAGACGUCUGGCACAGACUCCGACGAGGAGGAGCUCGAUGAAGAAGAGCAACUUUCAACCGGCUUUGGACAGUUGAGAACGAUCGAUAGUAGCAAUGGCAAUGGAAAGCUUGAUAUUACCGCACAGCGCAAGCUGCAAGCGAAGAUGAAUGUCGAAUACUCAAGACUUUGCAAGCGGGUUCGCAUGGAAGCGCUCAAGGUGGAAUGGGUGCAUAGCGCUGAAAUCUGGAGCACUGCCUUGAGAAUGAUGGUCGUUGCUCGAUCCCUCUUGUUGGACGAUAAAGAUCGUGCCGUGGAAGUACCAGAGGAAGAAGAAGAAAAAGAAGAAAUGGUGCCAGAAGUCGAGCAUAUCGAGGAAGUGGGCGUCGAAAACGACUUCCCAGAAUAUGAGUACAGCCUAUACGAGGUCGUGGAGCCUACAAUAAUUGGUCCCUUCCAGCCAGGCGCCGAAACGUUUGAGGAGAACUUCCCUGCAUUGCAGGUGGUCAGCGAGGGUCACAAAGAAACCCCAAUCUAUCCAACAAAGGAAGAAAAGCGCAUGUCGUCACCCCAGCAGCACACGCCACGCUCUGGAAAGGGACACCAGCGUGCAGUUUCUACUCUGCCUGCCCCCCAGAAGUACAACUGGCGCUUUAGGUUUCCUCUUGAAUGCUGGCGCAGAAUCAUCGCCGACGCUGUUGGAGCAGAGGGCAUUUUGGACGUCCAGCAACAGCUCCGUAUCAUCAGAUACGCCGCGGAUUGGGAUUCCGUUGCCUACGAGCUGACGAUAAAAGGAGCUGAGGAGUACCAGCAGAUUUGGAAAUUCCUUGAAACAGUUGGUUGCUUCACAUACAGCCCUUUGUCAUGAGAGCCUGCAGAGUUUCAGUAUCGACUGAUUUAGCAUACUCUUUCAUUUCAACUGCAUCAGUGUGAAGGAAAUAUGGGGUGGUAUCACUAUUAAAAAUAAAAAAUGAAGGGAAAAAAAAAAAAGGAUGAAAAAGAAACAAAAGAGAUAAAAAUGGUGAAAUAUGGUGUGUGUAUGUUGGUUGCAUGUGUGCAUCAAGAUCCUCGAGACUUGAAUGUUUCCAAAUCUGAAUGUACCUAAAUUUUUGAGUCUAUCGCAUGAUUCUCAAGCAUCUCUGAACUGUUGUGAUAGGAAAAUACAGCAGAUAA